UUAAUGUAUUUUCAUAUGACAAAUAAGGCUGACUUAAUUUUGAUCCUUGGUACCUAUGUCGAAGGUGUCGCGGGAACCAUCAUGUUGGAAACCGUAGCAGAGAAGAAAAUUCCGCCGCCGCUGCCGCCCAAGACCCGACGCGGUUGUCUGAAAACAGGCGUCGAGAGCGGCUGUGGCGGCGGUGCGACGAUCUUGCAGUCCAACGGUCACGUCGUGAAGAUCCGAAUAGACCCGAUGAUGGUCGACGGGGUCGGCGGCGGCGGUGGCGGCGGUGACCGCGCGGAACGGGACGACGGGCCGCGCCGCGAGCACUCGGUGGGCCGCCGGUCCAGUACGGUCAAGAUAAACAUCACUUGCGUGGACCCGUUCGUGUUCCGCCGGCACUACACCGACGUGGACGACGACGAUGACGACGACGACGACGACAGACGGUCGUCGUCGGGACACCGAUCGCCGCUGGACAGCGGCACGGGCAGCGACCUGGACACGGGCAGCCGCCGGGACGAGAGCGACGACGGGACGUGCAGUUGCGAUUCGCUGACGAGCAGCACGGCAGAUCCCGAGACGGCCGUGAUGACGGUCGAUCCGGCGCCGGGACAGGCGGUCGUGGCUGUCGGCGGCGGCGGCGGCGGCGGCGGUGGUGCCAUCGUGCCGGUCGCGUCGUCCGAUCCCGUGGCCGACGGACCGCCGGCGGUACAGACGUGUACGGCGGCCGGAGUCGUGGCCACCGCCAUCGUCGCGACGGUCGUCGAAGAGCUGCCGAAACGUUCGACAGCCCCGGCCGUCCACGUCCAACAGCGGUGCUACAACGACGCAUCCGCGGUGGCCGCGACCGACCGCGUCAUCGACAUGGACAACACCGACCAGUACUACAGUUUUCACAUGAACGAGAACGUGUUCGACGAAGUGGACGCGGCUGCAGUGGCCGCCGCCGCCGCGCCGUCGGACGACACGUUCGCGGGGUGCAAGACCGCGGCCACCUCGGACACGAUACGCAGCGCCAAGGGCACGAUCAGGGGCGUCAAGAACCGCGUCAGGGCCGGAAUAGCGACGUUUUUGCAGCCCAAGACCAACAAGACAUGGCAGGAAAAAGAAGCCGGCAAAGUGGUGUUGUACACGACCACCAUGGGCAUAGUCAGGGACACGUACCAGCGGUGCCUUCAGGUCAGGCAGAUACUGAGGACUCAUCUGGUCAAGUACGUGGAGAGAGACGUCUUCAUGAGCCGAGAAGUGCAGAAGGAGAUCCGAGAACGUCUCGGCGGCGACACCAUUUCUGUGCCGCAGCUGUUCGUCGAAGGGAAUCUCAUCGGAGAUGCAGCAGCCGUAGACAGACUGAACGAAUCUGGGGAACUCCGAUCGAUUUUAAAACCAUUUAAGAGUCCGGACGCCUGUACGACGUGCCAAGUUUGCGGGGGCUACAGGCUACUCCCCUGUCCGAUGUGCAACGGUAGCAAGAAAUCCGUGCACAGGAAUCACUUUACCACCGAAAUGAUCGCCCUCAAGUGUAUGAACUGUGACGAAGUGGGAUUAGUGCAAUGCUAUGCUUGUUGAAUGACAACCACGCAUGAUAUUAUACACAUAGUAUAUUAUUAUAUUAUUAAUUAUUAUUAUUAUUUUGUUUAAUUGAUUAUGCAAUGUGUAUCGUUAUUAUAUUAUACCGAUUAUGAUUUAUAUUGUAUAAGCUU